UUCAGUAGACUGGUGGACUAGGAAAGGUUUAGUUGCGCCUAAGGUUUUUUUUUUAUUCUUAAACAUUAAUUUUAACUUAAACCGGUAAUUCUUAAUUAAAUCCGACGUUUGGAGUUCAUUUCACCUUGCGGUUGAAGAAUUGUAUACGCAAUAACUAACGAAUUUGGGAAUUAUCAAAAAUCGACAUUUAUUCUACGCCAUUACAUAACUAGACAAUGACUAGCGCAGUAAAGGACACCGCAGAGGUUUCUGUCGGACGUAAGAAUGCUUUUGAAGCGAAGGACAAUGGCGGUUACAAUUGCCAGAGGUGUGACGAAUGUUGCCUCUUAAAGGAACUACAGAGACGAGGGUCAGAAAGACCUUCAGAUUGCCUCAGUCCAUUGUACCCUCCACCUCCAUGGUUCGACCAAGAAAAAUUCAAAAGAGGUCAGCUGUGGUUCCAACGUAACUUCUUUUGCAUCAUUGUGAGUAACUUGGUAGGACUAUUGUGCCUCUUGAGUUGCGAGACUAUUUUGAAGGUUUUGGCCUAUACCAAAAGGUCUUAUGAUACUGGCACAGCAUUCAAGAGGUACCUUCACACUGUUAAUCACGUCAGGCUUUGGUAUUCUCAAGAUGUCUUCGACCCUAGCACGAAGGCAUCAAAGUCCAUCCAGUUGGUGAGACGGAUACACUUGGUAUCUCACGCGAAUGCCAGGAAAGCUCACAUAGCCAUGCCCUCCCAGACUGACAUGGUCAUAACCCAGUGGGCAUUCUUCGGUUUGGCCUUGACUCACGGGCAGCAGUUAGGCUUGAAAGGCAGCAACCAUGACGAAGAAGCAUUGAUUCACUUCUGGAGAACUAUUGGGGGUCUAAUGGGUAUUGAAGACAGGUACAACCUAGCUGUUGGGACCGUGGACCAAGUGAAGAACAACUGCCACGCCAUUCUCCACCAGAUCAUAGUCCCGUCAAUGGAGACUCCCCCAGACGGUUUCAAACCAAUGUCAGACGCCCUUCUGGAUGGCGUUCACAUCAUGGUCCCUCCUGUAGAUCCUUUGGCCUUCAUGAGCUUCACGAGCAGUCUCCUGGGACUGCCAGAGAAUAAACAAAGCCUUCCAUUGUACUCGCGGUUCAUUUUCACUCUUAUGAUGUGGAACUUCAACAAGUGGCUCCACAUCUCCGUAUUGGGCGACAUCCUGCUCCGCGUAUAGAAAACGGACUCCUCGGCCUUGCCCUUUUCCUCUGCAACGCCCUACCAAUGGGUCCUGCGAGUUCCUCGGUGACUGAAAAAGUCUGUAGGACGUGGCAAAAUCUCCUUCGUUACGUGGUGGAGGGCAUCAAGGAUGUCUGUGGCAUCCUGAGGAUUCAUAAGUCCUAGUAUACAUGGGUAUCCUACAACUUAUUAUGAAUGUAUACUAUACAGAGGGACUAGUGUAGUUGCAGAAUUGUAAGAUAUUUGGUGUUCCUAAUGGUGCUAUGUUACUUGGUGCUAGAUGCAUUGGCUAUAUGGCUGUGAUAAUUCUUAGUAUUAACUGACUGAAAUUCUUUAACUUAACGGAACUUAACCUCAAGUGGUGGUAUCUUCGUAUAAUCGUGUAAAUUAAUGUGACCAACUUAAUGUGGUUGUAGUCUUUGUAUAAUUGUCAUUUAAUGUUACUUUAACCUCGUGUGGUUGUAAUCUUCGUAUAAUGUAAUUUAAUGUGACUGCAACCUUACAUUGUUGUAUUCAUCGUAUUUAGUUUAUAAUUUUAAUUUAUUUUGAAAUUUGACUGCAACCUUACAUUGUUGUAUUCAUCGUAUUUAGUUUAUAAUUUUAAUUUAUUUUGAAAUUGACAGGCGAAUUCUUGCCCAUUGGUGUAACUAGACAAAUUAUAUUCUUUUAAUACCAUAAACUUAAAUAUUUAAGAGAGAACGAAGUAUAUAUUUCUGAUAAAGUAAAAUGGAUUUUAAUUUUAUCUUGAGUUUUGUAAACAGUUUCCCGGAUGAACUACUUCAUGUGAAGUGUGAAGGAGUAUUUGGUACAAAAACAUGCUUAUUGUUUAUAGCUAGACUUUGUAUUGUCACACCUUUGAGGUAAAUAUUACUAAAUUGAUGAUUGUGAGAUCUGGUAGGGUUGCAUUUAUUUUCUAUUAAUAUACAAAAGUUAUUCCAACCAAAGAUUACUGGUAUGCAGUCUCGUAUGUUACAGAUAAGUUUGUUUUAACUUGAUGCAGUUUUGUAAGUUAUAACCAGAUCAAAUGCAGUUUGUAUCAUUUAAAGAUAAAUGUUAAUUUUUUGUACAA